AUGAGCAUCGCAUUUUACAUUUUUUUGCGAGACAAAGGCGCUAGUGUAGACAUGGACAAUGGUCAACAAAGCAAUAAGGCCCAUCGAGGGGGCACACAAAAGACCACAGCCAAGAAGAAGUUGCACCAGAAUGGCCAAAACGUUAAAGCUUUCGCAGUGAAUGCUCCUAGGAAGCUCGAGCGUAUGGCUCGUCGUACUCAUGAUGUUAAUGAAAAGAAAUUGCAUGUCCCCAUGGUGGAUAGAAUGCCAGAAGAUGACCCUCCUCCUGUGAUUGUUGCUGUAGUUGGGCCUCCUGGUACCGGAAAAACAACAUUGAUCAAGUCUUUGAUACGAAGAUUGACAAAAACCACCUUGACAGAGGUUAAAGGUCCGAUCACGGUUGUGAGUGGAAAAAAGCGUCGACUCACAUUCAUCGAAUGUAACAAUGAUCUCAACUCGAUGAUAGAUUUGGCUAAAAUAGCUGAUCUUGUUUUGCUUCUCGUCGAUGGUAAUUUUGGCCUUGAGAUGGAAACCAUGGAAUUUCUUAAUAUAGCACAGCAUCAUGGUAUGCCCCGUGUGUUGGGUGUUACUACUCAUCUUGAUUUAUUCAAGUCUCAGUCUACUCUUCGGGCAUCCAAGAAAAAAUUAAAACAUAGAUUUUGGACAGAAGUGUACCAAGGUGCCAAGUUGUUUUACUUGUCUGGUGUUAUAAAUGGGCGUUAUCCAGAUCGUGAAAUUAUCAAUUUGAGCAGAUUUAUUUCUGUGAUGAAGUUCCGCCCUUUGAGGUGGAGAAAUGAACAUCCAUACUUAUUGGCGGAUCGAGUGACCGAUUUAACUCAUCCCCAAGAGAUCACCGAGAAUCCAAAAUGUGACAGAAAAGUCGCCAUGUAUGGCUAUUUGCAUGGUACUCCCUUGCCCUCAUCAAAUGCUCACUUUCACAUAGCAGGUGUUGGUGAUUACUACGUCUCUUCUGUGGAAAAACUUCCUGACCCAUGUCCAACUCCUGCAUUCGAACAACGGUUAGAGGAGAUAGAAAGAGAAAAAAUCAAGGCUGCCGCCGCUGCGGGAGAACCUGUUGCCAAAACAACCAGGAGAAGAAAGAGACUUGAAGACAAGCAGAAGAUUAUUUACGCUCCCAUGUCGGAUGUUGGUGGUGUUAUGGUCGAUAAAGAUGCGGUUUACAUUGAUAUGGGCGACAAGCAACUGUUUGUUCCAGGAGAAGAUUUGGAAGGAGGUGAGAAAUUAGUCACUGAUUUGCAAGAAGUCCAAAAAACGAUGCAAGAAAGGUUCGAAGAGGGCCCUGGCUUACAAUUGUUUUCCUCCUCUCAUGCUUUACGUGAAGCCGACUUAGAAGAGGACGAAGACGAGGAAGAAUUAGACGAUGAUGAAGAACCUAACGGCGACAUGGGUAGGUCUACCAUGAGACAUGCUCGCAAGCACAUCCGUUCGGAUGCUGCUGAGGUGAAUGAUACCCAAUUAGGAAGCGACAGCGAAGAUGAGGACGUCGAUCUCGAUGAAAAUAAGAGGCAAAAAGUGAUAGAUUUGGGCGACAAGUAUGAUGAAGCAGAGUUGUCUUUUGAGGAAGAUUCCUCGUUAUCUUCCGAUGAGGAAUUCGCCGAACAAACAACGAGAUCAUCAUCGAAUCAAGGAAAGAGAAAGUGGAAUUUGAAUAGACUUCUUUACAUGCCAAAUAUUGAUCCCGAGGAUGUGGUGAAGAGAUGGAAAGGUGAUGACGAAGAGGACGAGGAAGAAGAAGAUAUUGAAAAGGACGACGAUGAUUUUUUCAAGCAACGGAAGUCGGCAAAAGAUCAGAGCGUUGAUUUGGAUACGUUUAUUCCGCCUUAUCCCUCUGUUGAAGAGCUUCGCUCUAAAUUCUCCAAUGAAAGCGAUGAGGAGUACGAAAGUGGUUAUGCCAAAUUAAAGCUGAGAUUUUUGCUGGCUCCACUUAGUCAUGAAAGUGAUGAAGACAACGAGGAAGAUAAGAAUGGUGAUUUCGAAGACUUGGAAGCCCAGGAAGAUGAAGAUAAUUCACAAAACUCUGACGACUUUGCGGACUUUGAUAAAGAGGAAGCAGAUGGGGACGACCAAGACACUCCAGAAAGCGAAGUUGAUGAAGCCGAUCCACAAAAGGCUCGUGAAUUGUCUGCUUCGAAAAAAGCCAAGUUGAAGUUGCAGUUCGAAGAGGAAGAUGAUCGCGAGUUUGGGGCCGAUGAUCCUGAGGGUGACACAGAAGCUGAUACUUGGUAUGAGUUUCAAAAGAACAAAAUUGCAAAGCAAUUGGAGAUCAACAAGGCUGAGUAUGAGGAAAUGGACGAAGCAUCAAGGGUCAAAAUUGAAGGUUAUACAGCCGGUUCGUACGUGAAGAUUGUAUUCUCCAACAUUCCAUGUGAAUUUGUCGAGAAUUUGCAACCUGAGUUUCCUCUCGUCUUAGGAGGAUUACUUCCUACUGAGUCAAGGUUUGGAAUCAUGAACGUCAGAAUAAGACGCCAUAGAUGGCACAAGAAGAUUUUGAAGUCACAGGAUCCAUUGAUUCUAUCUUUAGGAUGGAGGAGAUUCCAAACCCUUCCUAUCUAUACCACCACAGAUUCCAGAACCAGGAACAGAAUGUUGAAGUAUACUCCCGAGCAUGCUCAUUGUUUCGCAUCAUUUUACGGACCGCUAGUUGCUCCCAACACUACGUUUGUUGGUUUCAAUAUAGUUUCAAAGUCUGCAACUACCGGCUCGUUCCGUGUUGCUGCUACUGGUAUCGUUGAGGAUCUCAAUUCAGAGGUUGAAAUUGUGAAAAAAUUGAAACUUGUUGGACACCCUUACAAGAUCUUCCGUAACACUGCGUUUAUCAAGGACAUGUUUUCCAACUCUCUUGAAGUGGCUCGGUUUGAAGGUGGUUCAAUUCGUACGGUGUCUGGUAUUCGUGGUGAAAUCAAGCGAGCAUUGUCCAAACCGGAGGGUCAUUUCAGAGCCACAUUCGAGGACAAAAUCUUGAUGUCAGACACCAUUUUCUUAAAGACAUGGUACCCUGUGAAAGUCAAGAAGUUUUACAAUCCUGUCACCUCAUUAUUGCUCAGAGAUCAUAGUGAAUGGCAGGGUAUGAGAUUGACUGGUCAGGUUCGUGCUGAACAAGGUGUACCCACCCCAAUGAACGAAGACAGUGCUUACAAAAAGAUUGAGAGACCUGAAAGACACUUUAAUCCUUUGAAAGUUCCGAAAUCCAUCAAGAGUGCACUUCCCUUCAAGAGUCAAAUCCACGAAAUGAAGCCGCAAAAGAAGCAAUCAUAUUUGGCUAAGCGUGCUGUGGUUUUGGGCGGCGAAGAAAAGCGUGCUAGAGAUUUGAUGCAAAAGAUUGCUACUGUGCGUAAAGAAAAGGAGAGCAAGCGGAGAGCUAAAAAGGAUGAAAAGUUCCAGGACAGACUCAAGAAGAAAGCCAAGGAAGAGGAAAUACGAAAUGAAAAGAAGAAGGAAAAAUCCAAGGAGUUUUUUGCUCGCGAAGGUAGAAAGAGACCCGUGGGUAACAAUGAGACUACGACGGCAGCUUUUGGCAAGAGGCAAAGAAGAUAG